AAGUUGGUGGCAGGGCUCGCAGGUGAGGCCUGGGUCCGCGCGCUGAGGUUGGGGCCGCACAGCUGUAGCCGCGCGCCCUGGUCCCUCCUCCCAGCUGCGGCGGCGUCCCCCCCGCCCCCGCCCCCGCCCUCCCCCCGCCGCUCCCGACGCCGCCGCCGCAGCCGCCGCCUCCCCUCUGCCUCCCGGUGGCUCCUCGCUCUCCUUCCAUCUCUCUCGCCCCCUCUCCCUCCGUCCCGUCCUCGCCGCUCCCCUCACCCCGCCUCUCUCCCCCUCCCCCAGCCCCUCCUCUCCUCACCCCACCCGGCCUCCCUCCCUCCCUCGCCCGCCCGGCGCUCGCAGAGCCGACACCAGGGGGGCUCUCGAUGUAGCACCAUGACAGGCAUCGCCGCCGCCUCCUUCUUCUCCAAUACCUGCCGAUUCGGGGGCUGCGGACUCCACUUCCCCACCCUGGCCGACCUCAUCGAGCACAUCGAGGACAACCACAUCGAUACAGAUCCACGGGUUUUAGAAAAACAAGAAUUACAGCAGCCAACCUAUGUUGCCCUGAGUUACAUAAAUAGAUUCAUGACAGAUGCUGCCCGCCGAGAGCAGGAGUCCCUAAAGAAGAAGAUUCAGCCGAAGCUCUCACUGACUCUGUCCAGCUCAGUGUCUCGAGGGAAUGUGUCCACUCCCCCACGCCACAGCAGUGGAAGCCUUACUCCCCCCGUGACCCCACCCAUCACCCCCUCCUCUUCAUUCCGCAGCAGCACUCCGACAGGCAGCGAGUAUGACGAGGAGGAGGUGGACUAUGAGGAGUCGGACAGCGAUGAGUCCUGGACCACAGAGAGUGCCAUCAGCUCCGAAGCCAUCCUCAGCUCCAUGUGCAUGAAUGGAGGGGAAGAGAAGCCUUUUGCCUGCCCAGUUCCUGGAUGUAAAAAGAGAUACAAGAAUGUGAAUGGCAUAAAGUAUCACGCUAAGAAUGGUCACAGAACACAGAUUCGUGUCCGCAAACCAUUCAAAUGUCGCUGUGGGAAGAGUUACAAGACAGCUCAGGGCCUGCGGCACCACACAAUCAAUUUCCAUCCCCCGGUGUCGGCUGAGAUUAUCAGGAAGAUGCAGCAAUAACAUGCUGGUCAUAACUGUGCCAAGAAAUCCUCACCAGCAGUUGCUGAUUUUGAAAACAGCCACCUUUUUUCAGGGGAAGCAUUCAGCAACCCUUUAAAGAAAAAGAAUUAAAUGCAUGCUUUAAAUUUUUUCUGUAAUUUUGGAAUGAUGUAUCUUUGUAGAGUUAAUGAUUUUGUACAUUUGCACAUGUAAUCAUCAUACCCAUUUUCAUUACUUUGAUAUAAGGUGCUAAACAAAAAAAGCUCUAGGUUCUUCAGCACAUUUCCCCCAAAACAAAAUAAAAUUGAGGGCAUGUUGCAUAUUGUUGAAUUGUAUUGCAGUGGUAUCAACCUGGGGGGAGGAGGGGCUGGCACUGAGAUUUUUUUUCAAGAUUGUAAUGUGAUUGAAGUUUUCAACACAUCAACUCACGUAUGUUCAAAACCAAAAUAAUACCUUCAUUAUCAAACUGGUUACCAUGCCUUACAUAAUGGAGUUAGUAUUUGUGAGUAGAAAGACUUUAGGUAAUGGAAAUAUAAAUAAGAAAGAAUGUUUAACAUAAUAUGCUAAAAAUAUUUUCAUAUUUAAAUAACAUACAUAAAGGUGUGCUUUCUGUGUUUUAUAUUACUUGCAAAUCCUUUUGCCCUUUAAAAAGCUGAAAAUCUUGCCAUCUGACUUACUAGUCAUUUUAGUGUUAUAAAUGGCAUUUUGUACAAAAUAGUCUAUUCAGUUCAUUCAUUCAUUUAACACACAUUGAUUGAGUGCCUGCUGGGUACAAGGGAUUCAAUUUACGCCUAUUGAUAUCUGCGGACCAAGAUACACAUUUAGUGAAAUACUUUUUUCCCUGAAAUCUGUUAGAAAACACUUUGAAAUACUUAAGUGCAAAGUGUGUGUGUGUGAAAUUUAGUUAUAUCUUCAUAUUCAGAUGAAGUUUUAAAGCACUUUGUAGUUCUCUAUUGCCAACAAUUUAAUGUUUAUGUGUUGCCAAUUCUUGCAACCACUGCCCUACCAAACCUGUGGGUUGCAAAUCAGAACUAAAAUUCUAAGCACGUUUCAAAGAGGAACACUUUUGUUAAGACCCCUGUUGCCUCUUCUUCAUGCUCAUUUUUUCCUUUUUUUAAAAGGCACUUUUCUCAUCACAUUGUAGAGAGGUCUGCAUUCUCAUUAGAAAUGUCUGUUUAGCUUUAUAAAACAAACACUUUGCUGAAAUAGGAAAAUGAGCCUUAUUGACAAGUGCUUCUUGCAGCAGGUGGUCAAAGAAAAGCGUGACUAAUACGACCUAUUAGAGUAACCUACAUCUGGACCGUUCCUUAAGUUUUUCCUCACCGACAGUACCAUCAUGCCUUGAGUGUUCUUUUCUCCCAAGUGCUAUUCCUUAAACACGAGAGUUUACCAGUUGCCUAAUUAUGCAAUAAAAAAUGCUUUGAGAUAGCUAACUGCCCAUAAAACAAACUCAAAUUGCUUAUAAAAAAGUUUCUUCCAUGUUCCCAUUUGAUGAAAAGUCUUACAUCACAUAUAACUGGGAAGCAGGGGUCCCUCCUCAAUUUUCAGACAUUUUGAAAGGAUGACAGUUCUGUUAGAUGAGUAAACCUCUAUAUUCAUAAGUUCUAAAAUCCUUCAUUAUGAGGGAUUCAAAGUAUUUAUGAAAACACUGCCCUCUAAAAAUUUCCUCAGAUCUGAAGUAUGGUCUUGGUCCUGAAUAUACAGUGUUGUUAUCCUAUGUUUAAAAGGGUGAUCCAGACAUGAGACGCAACUAGUUGGUGCAUAAGAAGGCCCCACUUGGCUAUUUCAUAUCUACCUACAAUUGACCAAAAAAAAUUUUUUAGGCCAGCAAUUAUUAUUUAGCUUCGCUCUUUCUAGUGCAAGAAACUGCAGGCUGGAUCAGUAGUUCAACAGCUAAACAGUCAUAAAAUAGUCAUUGUGCAUGUUAAAUUUCUUUCAAUGCUUUCAAAGAUAAAUUCCAAUUUCUAUUUACUUAUUCAUUGUGACAGUAUUACUAAACAGGUAAGGAUGGGAAUAUUUUGUUAUACUGUGUAUAGUGAAUGUAUUGUACUGUGUCUGUGAAAACUGUGCUUUAAAUUAUAUUUUCAUAUGUUUUGUUGGGGACAGAGCACAUUAAGUCAGAAAGCAACAGAGGUUUGUUUUAGAACUGAAGGCAAUUUAAUCAAAAUUCCUGUCAAGAAAAGCUGCUUAUAAAUGUAAAUGAAAUCACAUUUAAAAUAAACUGCCUCUGACCCAAAAAUAAA